GCCGCGCCCCCGCCCGCGGCGCCGCGCCUCCCCGGGCCACUGACGCCCGGCGCGCCCUCCCCCGGCGGCGGCGGCCGAGGCGCGGGGAGGCGGUGGCGGCGGCGGCGGCGGCCCGAGCCGGGCCCCAUGGCGCGGGGGGACGCUGGCCGCGGCGGCGGGCUCGUCGCGCUGACCUUCUGCCUGCUGGCCGCGCGCGGUGAACUGCCGUGGCCCCCGGAGACAACAGUGGAGCUGAGUUGUGGGGCAGGGCCACUGCAAGUGAUCCUGGGCCCAGAGCAAGCUGCAGUGCUGGACUGCGGUCUGGGGGCUUCCGGACCCCCCACCAGCAUCACGUGGAGCAAGGAUGGAGGCUCUCUGCCUGAGCACGACCACCUGCGCCUGCUACCAAAUGGCUCCUUAUGGCUGUCUCAGCCGCUAGCACCUGAUAGCAGUGACGAGGCGAGCCCUGGGAACUCAGAGCUCAUUGAGGGCAACUAUUCCUGCCUGGCCCAUGGUCCCCUUGGAGCGGUGGCCAGCCAGGCCGCAGUGGUCAAGCUCGCCACACUCGCAGGCUUCUCUCUGCACCCGGAGUCUCAGGUGGUGGAGGAGAACGGGACUGCUCGGUUUGAAUGCCACAUUGAAGGGCUGCCAGCACCUGUCAUUACUUGGGAGAAGGACCAAGUGCCGGUGCCCGAGGAGCCUCGGCUCAUCAUUCUUCCCAACGGGGUCCUCCAGAUCCUGGACAUUCAGGAGAGUGACUCAGGCUCCUACCGCUGCGUGGCCACCAACUCAGUCCGCCAGCGCUUCAGCCAGGAGGCCCUACUCAGUGUGGCCCCCAGAGGGUCCCUGGCGUCCACCAGGGGGCAGGACGUGGUCAUCGUGGCAGCCCCCGAGAACACCACAGUGGUUUCUGGCCAGAGCGUGGUGAUGGAAUGCGUGGCCUCAGCUGACCCCACCCCUUUCGUGUCCUGGGUCCGACAGGACGGGAAGCCCAUCUCCACGGAUGUCAUCGUCCUGGGCCGCACCAACUUACUAAUCAGCAGCGCGCAGCCCCGACACUCGGGCGUCUACGUCUGCCGCGCUAACAAGCCCCGCACGCGCGACUUCGCCACGGCCGCCGCCGAGCUCCGCGUGCUGGCGGCCCCUGCCAUCUCGCAGGCGCCCGAGGCGCUGUCGCGGACGCGGGCGAGCACGGCUCGCUUCGUGUGUCGAGCGGCCGGGGAGCCCAGGCCCGCGCUGCGCUGGCUGCACGACGGGGCGCCCCUGCGGCCCAACGGGCGCGUCAAGGUGCAGGGCGGCGGCGGCAGCCUGGUCAUCACGCAGAUCGGCCUGCAGGACGCCGGCUACUACCAGUGCGUGGCGGAGAACAGCGCAGGCACCGCGUGCGCCGCCGCGCCCCUGGCCGUCGUGGUGCGCGAGGGGCUGCCCAGCGCCCCCACGCGGGUCACGGCCACGCCGCUGAGCAGCUCCACCGUGCUCGUGGCCUGGGAGCGGCCCGAGCUGCACAGCGAGCAGAUCAUCGGCUUCUCCCUCCACUACCAGAAGGCACGAGGCAUGGACAAUGUGGAAUACCAGUUUGCAGUGAACAAUGACACCACAGAGCUGCAGGUUCGAGACCUGGAACCCAACACCGAUUAUGAGUUCUACGUGGUGGCCUACUCCCAGCUGGGGGCCAGCCGCACCUCUACCCCAGCACUGGUCCACACACUGGAUGAUGUCCCCAGUGCAGCACCCCAGCUCUCCCUGUCCAGCCCCAACCCCUUGGACAUCAGGGUGGCGUGGCUGCCCCUGCCUCCCAGCCUGAGCAAUGGGCAGGUGGUGAAGUACAAGAUAGAGUACGGUUUGGGAAAGGAAGCAGAUCAGGUUUUCUCCACCGAGGUGCCUGGGAAUGAAACACAGUUUACGCUGAGUUCGCUUCAGCCCAACAAAGUGUAUCGAGUACGGAUUUCGGCUGGCACAGGGGCUGGCUAUGGGACGCCCUCCCAGUGGAUGCAGCACAGGACGCCCAGUAUGCACAACCAGAGCCACGUCCCUUUUGCCCCUGCAGAGUUGAAGGUGCGGGCAAGAAUGGAGUCCCUGGUCGUGUCGUGGCAGCCUCCCCCUCACCCUGCCCAGAUCUCUGGCUACAAACUGUACUGGCGGGAGGUGGGAGCCGAGGAGGAGGAGGCCAAUGGUGAGAGUCCCCCAGGGGGCCGUGGAGACCAGGCUUGGGAUGUGGGGCCUGUCCGGCUCAAGAAGAAAGUGAAGCAGUAUGAGUUGACCCAGCUAGCCCCUGGCCGGCUGUACGAGGUGAAGCUCGUGGCAUUCAACAAACAUGAGGACGGCUACGCAGCGGUGUGGAAGGGCAAGACAGAAAAAGCUCCCACGCCAGACUUGCCCAUCCAGAGGGGACCACCCUUGCCCCCCGCCCACGUCCAUGCCGAAUCAAAUAGCUCCACAUCCAUUUGGCUUCGGUGGAAAAAGCCAGACUUCACCACGGUCAAGAUUGUAAACUAUACUGUGCGCUUCAGCCCCUGGGGGCUCAGGAAUGCCUCCCUGGUCACCUAUUAUACCAGUUCUGGAGAAGACAUCCUCAUUGGUGGGCUGAAGCCAUUCACCAAAUAUGAGUUUGCAGUACAGUCCCACGGAGUGGACAUGGACGGGCCUUUCGGCUCCGUGGUGGAGCGCUCCACCCUGCCUGACCGGCCCUCAACGCCGCCAUCCGACCUGCGCCUGAGCCCCCUGACGCCAUCCACCGUUCGGCUGCACUGGUGUCCCCCGACGGAGCCCAAUGGCGAGAUCGUGGAAUAUCUGAUUCUAUACAGCAACAACCACACCCAGCCCGAGCACCAGUGGACCCUGCUCACCACGGAGGGAAACAUCUUCAGUGCUGAGGUACACGGCCUUGAGAGUGACACGAGGUACUUCUUCAAGAUGGGGGCACGCACAGAGGUGGGGCCUGGGCCCUUCUCUGGUCUGCAGGAUGUGAUCACUCUCCAGGAGAAGCUCUCAGACUCCUUGGACGUGCACUCAGUCACAGGCAUCAUUGUGGGUGUCUGCCUGGGCCUCCUCUGCCUCCUGGCCUGCAUGUGUGCUGGCCUGCGCCGCAGCCCCCACAGAGAAGCCCUCCCGGGCCUGUCCUCUACGGCCAAUGCUGGGAACCCUGCACUGUACUCUAGAGCCCGCCUUGGGCCCCCCAGCCCCCCAGCUGCCCAUGAACUGGAGUCCCUUGUGCACCCCCGUCCCCAGGACUGGUCUCCACCGCCCUCAGACAUCGAGGACAGGGCUGAAGUGCACAGCCUUAUGGGUGGCGGGGCUUCAGACUGCCGGGGUCACUCCAAGAGAAAGAUCUCCUGGGCUCAGCCAGGUGGGCCAAGCUGGGCAGGUUCCUGGGCUGGCUGUGAGCUGCCCCCAGCAGGCGCCAUGCCUUCUCUGACCCGGGCCCUGCUGCCCCCUGCUGGAACUGGGCAGACACUGUUGCUGCAGGCUCUGGUGUAUGACGCCAUAAAGGGCAAUGGUAGGAAGAAGCCACCCCCAGCCUGCAGGAACCAGGUGGAGGCUGAAGUCAUUGUCCACUCUGACUUUAGUGCAUCCAAAGGGAACCCUGACCUCCACCUCCAGGACCUGGAACCUGAGGAUCCCCUGUCUUCGGAGGCUCCUGACCUCACUUCGAGUGUUGUGGAUCUAGGGCAAGGGGUAGACUGGCUGGGCAGGGAGCUGGGAGGGUGUGAGCAGGCAACCACGGGGCCAGACAGACUUACCUGCCUGCCAGAGGCAGCCAACGCUUCUUAUCCGUACCCAGACCUCCAACCUAGUGAGACUCUGGAGGAGACCCCUGGGAACAGCUGCCAGCCAAAGGCCCCCUGCCCUCUAGGAACCAGCCCAAGCCUGCCCAGAACCCCAGUCUCCUCCUCUGCCUAGCUCCCCUACAGGGUGCAGUUUGGGGCAGGCUGGUGUGAAUCAUGGCACGUGUGGCUGAGUAUAUACACAUGUGUACCUGCAGCUCCUGAAUAUCAUCAAGCUGUUUGGAGCUUCCUGGGGUGCUUUGGCCAUGGGGAGAGGAAGAAAUGGUGUUUUCACUCCCCCCACACUCUGUGACACAUGUGAGGGACCUGUGAGGCAUGGCCGUAUGUGUUGUACUCAUGUGCACGUGCUGGCUGGUGAGCUGAGGAACUCUGGUCUAGGCAGUGGUCACUAUGGCCUAAUUGAUCCUCCAGGUCAGGACAGUGACCCAGAGUGGUCAGUCCCCAGCCCAGUGGGCCUUCCCCCCCCCCCCCCCCGCCCACCUCUGUCACCUAGCUGUUUAUUACACACUCUGAGAGUGUCUGCAAUGCCCUGUCUGACAAAGACAGCCCCGGCCCAUUUUCCGGUCUGGCUGGGCUGAGUGCAGUAGGCUCUGAAUGCCUAACAUUUCAGUUGCAUCGCUACCCGUCUCCCUUGCCCCUGUCGCCCAGCCCAGAUUGAGAGGGUGACUCUGGCUGCCCUUAGAGCAACUCUGCAUUUCAUUUUGUAAUUUGGGAAGUGCCUGGUUUUGGAGAUCCACUCCCUCGGGCUCUCCUCUCCCCCCUUCCCCUUCACUACUCUUGUGCUCCUGUCAGCCCGCUCUCCCAGUUCUGCCCUGCUUCUUCUCCCUGAUACUCUUUCCUUUCCUCUCCGCUGUCCAUCUGUCUCCUGUCUGUCUGUCUCUGCUGUCUCUCACACCUCUCCCAGACUGCAUCGUGUAGUUCACCUGCCUGGGUUCAAUCUCUGCAUCCUUCCCUAACAACAUGACUACCUCAUGUCUGCUUUGAGGCCAUAGCGUGACUUCUGUGUCCGCCAUUCACUUCACUCGCCAUCUUCCUGACCCUCUUCUCUCUGUGCCAACGUAUGUACCCCCCCCGCGCCCCUCCCCCCCCACCAGGCAGACUGCCGGCCCCAGUGCAGGUUUGGAGAAGACCUUCCAGUUUCCCUUGCAUCUAUCUCUCUCCCUGGGAUUGAGACAGGAGGAUUCUCCUUGGAGGUGAUGGAUCCAAGUUCACGCAAGGGGAUUUCUGAGACCGAGAAAGGGGAAUGUGACCUAGAGGCUCAGGAUAAAAUGAUUCCCUCCCUUCUAGGCAGGGAGGCAGGGUUGCUAGAUGGAGGGGGUUGGGGCCCUUCCUUCCCUGCUGCAGCCAAAGCUGGAGAAGGAGAGUGAGGAUUAGGGGGCACCACAGCCCAGCGACUUCCCACUCUGUGCCCUAGGAACAUGAGCUGCUGGACGGGGGUGAGAGGAAUUUCACCCUCUAGGUGCUGGAAGCGAGGUCUUUGCACAGGACAAGGGUAAUUGGCUUAUUUCAUUUUUUUCCUUUAAAGUCAAUCCUAAAGUCAUUUUCUGUGACCUGUCACACAGGGACAAGCUGGACUUCUAUUUCCUGUGUAGAGAAGAUGAGCCAUUAAUGUGAUUUUGCACCCCAGCCUCCCAUAGGAGCAUAGAAUGUGGGACCUUUCUCCCUAAAUGCAUCUUUUUAACUGAUUGGCACAUAAAGGGUUAACUCUGGCUUCUGGGCCAAGUUGGAAAUAACCAGUCCAUCCUUUCUUUUUCUUUCUUCUUCUUCUUCUUUUUUUUUUUUUAAAUGGUGAAAUGUCUCUCAGCAGAGUUGCAGCUUCCUCAGACCCUUUCAGCAUCUGUGUUUAUUACACUCAGGCGUCACUCCCGUUUGACACGCGCACCUCCAUUUCCUCCCCCGCCCCCUCCCCCUCCUCCAGCCAGCCUAUGAUAACACUAAAGAUUAUUCAUGCUGGUUUGUCUCUCGUUUGGGACAGAAUUGUCACUUGUACUAUUUCUGUAGCGUUCGGCGUUGCUGUAGCUAACACCACUGUAUAUGUUUCAUCAUUGCUCUGAAGGUCAAAAGCUUCGUUUUAUUUCGCUGGUUUGAUUUUUUUUUUUUUUUUCCUAAAGGGGAAAAAAAAAACUGCCCUGAAUUAAAGGGCUGUUUUAACAGUAGGCUCUUAGCAUUACGCCACAUAGUCAUUUUUCAUGUUCUUGUUUAACAGGCACUGAGGCUCUGGUUUAAAUUAAAUAGCUGCAAAUAAGACAAUUUAUAACCCAUUAGGUUGGGUGGAAAAUUGUUUCUCAAAAGCAAAUAAGUAAUAAAUCUGGUAUCUGCCUAUAACUCACACUUGAUAAGAAAGUGGCCAUUACUCACUAGCCUUAUAUAUGAUUUGGGCCCUGGUAAUUUGGAAGUGUUAGGUUUGUGUCUUAGUAGCAGUAUUUUUAUUAGAAAAGAGUCUAUUGGCCUUUUACAGGGUAUUAAUCCCUUUGUCACCUACCAUCGAUGCCUUACAUUUUUUGAGUUUCAUUUAGAAACCUUCCUUUUCUUGAUGCAUGACAUGUGUAAUCGGUACCUGCUCAUUAUUUGUCUGUAUUUAGUUUAUGCUGUAUUAUUUAAUUAUUUUUCCAGCAUAUUUUCCCCUCCUUACAAAUAUGAUAGUCUUUAGUGUUAAGCCAAGGCAUUGAUCAUGUAUCUGUCCCUAUAAUGAAUUAAUAAACUAUUUUCCAAACA